UGUUUUCCGGUUUUAAAAAAAUGGCGGAUGCUAAGCCGCUAUAAUUUGGUCCCUCUGAAGACGCCGUCCGAGUGCGCGGCCAGUUCUCGUCAUGUGACUGAGGCCUGCAGUGUAGGGAAGGACUGGCUGCCGGGUCCUGGUUUAGGAAGGACGGCUUCUGAUAGAAUGGAAGCGACUUUAGAGCAGCACUUGGAGGAUACAAUGAAGAAUCCAUCCAUUGUUGGAGUUCUGUGUACAGAUUCACAAGGACUUAACCUGGGUUGCCGUGGGACUCUAUCAGAUGAGCAUGCUGGGGUGAUAUCUGUUCUGGCUCAGCAAGCAGCUAAACUGACUUCUGACCCCACUGAUAUUCCUGUGGUGUGUCUAGAAUCAGAUAAUGGGAACAUUAUGAUCCAGAAACAUGAUAGCAUCACAGUGGCAGUGCACAAAAUGGCCUCUUGAUGUCUCCUGUCAGAUCUUCAGCACCCUUUCAUUGGGACUCAGUCCUACUUGUUAAUUAUCCUGUAAAACUAUUACAGUUCCAGUGAUUAGGCCAUUCAUCUGAUGUGCACUGGGCACUUUUCUAUUUAAUUUGGAGUAAGUUGCUUUUUGACCAUCCCAUCAUGAUAUUAGAAGGAAAGGAUCGUGUUUUGAGGCAGCAGGUCCAGGUUACUUUGUAUAUAGAAUUUUAUGUUCAGUGAAUCUGUGUAGGGCCGGGGAUUUAGCUCAGUGGUUCUGUCACUUGCCUUGCAAGCACAAGGACCCAAGUUCGAACCCUGGUACCAAAAAAAAACCAAAAAAAACAAAAUAAAUCUGUGUAGAGGAAAGCUUACAUCUUUUCUGGAUUCUUUAAACUCUUCUCAAAUGCUUUUUCUUCCCAGUUAUCAAAUUAUAAUUUUUUUCAAAAAGAUAGUAGUUCCAAACUACUUCUCUUUCAGAAGCUUCCUGAAAUGCCUAUAGUGUUACAGAAGUGUCCAUGGAUAUUUAAAUCAAGCACAUUCUUCUACCUCUAUAAUAGCUAAUAUCACUGUUUAUUAUAUGCCAGAAACUUAUCUCUCAUUAUAUAGUAUAGUAGGUACUCUUAAUUGCCAUAUAUUAUGUUUGUAAAACUAAGGCUAAGAGAUCGAACAGAGUCAUUAUUUGGACUUAGGACUCCAGUUCAGGGCCUGUACUCAAACCAUCGAAGAAAUAAGCGUAUUCAACCAGAAAAAAAAUAUUUUUACCAUUUGAAAGUACAAGUCAGUGUUGCCUUCUCUUCAGCCUUCAGUUUUCAACAACACAAUGGGUACACAGGCAGGCACAAAGGACCUCAGUGUUAAAUUUGAAUACAGUGCCUGUUGCUAAUUAGUAAUUUAACAUUUCACAAUAUAAAGUGCUGUGUGAAGGUAAUAAAGAUUUAGAAUAAGA